AUGGCUGCUGCAUCCCGAGCUAUCGCUGACCGUAUCCCGUUGGUCAAUUUCAUUAUUGAAGUCCGUGAUGCCAGGAUUCCACUAUCAUCAGAAUGUGAGCAACUGAGAAAUUUUCCACCUUCAUUGAGGCGCAUCAUAGUGCUAAACAAGACUGACCUUGCAAACCGCUCACAAACGAAGGAGUGGAUGAGGUUUUUCGAGGAAAAGAAAUGUAUAGUUUUUGGAGUCAAUUCCCAUAAUAAAGAGAAUAUUAAAGAGUUCUUGAACUUUCUACAAGCCAGAGUCAGGGAAUUGAAGAAAUUGGAUAUUUCUGGUCAUACAAUAACGUUAAUGCUAGUCGGCAUUCCUAAUGUUGGCAAAUCUGCAUUAGCCAAUGCUUUGCAUCAGGUUGGAAGGAUCAGUGCUGCAGAGAAAGGGAAGUUAAAGCAUGCUGUCAUCAGUCCAUAUCCAGGGGAAACCAAAAAUAUUACCAGCUUCAAGAUAGCUAGCCAUCCUAAUAUCUAUGUCUUGGACACCCCGGGUGUCUUGCCUCCCGAGGUGACUGAUGAUAGAGUGUGCUCCAACUUAGCCUUAACAGGAGUUAUCAGAGAUUGUGUGAUUGGAGAAAUAGAACUUGCUCAGUAUUUUCUCUCUAUCCUUAGCUUUAGUGACGAAUACAAGAAAUGGGUUAAGUUGUUGGUCGUUGAAAAUGGUCAAGCAUCAACAAAUCAAGGAGCUAGUAUUCUUGCCAGUUCGGCAUUGGGCAAAAGACAGGAAAGGCAAUAUCCAACAGAUCACACACAGGAUUUCAUAGUAAACAAUGUUCGACGAGCCCUUUUUGAGGCCAUUUCAUCUUUUGCUGGUAAUGUGGAAAAUGAGGAAGAUCUGACACGCCUCAUUGAAAUCGAAUUUAAAGUUUUGCAGAGAGUUUUUCAUCUUCCUGAGGAAUUUGAUCAUGAAGAGAAUUAUGGUAGAGUUGCUACAAAAUUGCUUAAUUUGUAUCGUACAGGAAGGCUUGGCCAUUAUACAUUAGACCCUUUUCCCAAGAACGCCAGGUGCAAUUCCUCUGAAUGA